UAGACCAUGUAGAUAGUAGUUAAAGGUUCAUAAUGUUCAUAUUAUGACAAAAUAUGUUCAUUGGUGAGUAUAAUAAAGAUCUAAGAUGAAUGAACUCGGUUAAAACAUGAAAAAUCUAAAUACUCAUUUCAAUAAAAUAAAUUAUAAAAUGUUGUAUCUUAAGUUAAACUCACGCAAUCGAUUUAUCAUGCAGUAAUUCUGUAACAAUACUUCAAUCAAGUAGAAUGUUUAGAGACUUACAAAAUUAAAUCAAUAUGUUAAUAAAUGCAUGUGAUCCAAUUUUCAAUGCAAAUAUACAGUUGGAUGGCAGUUGUAUUUCUCGAGAAGACUAUUCUGUUGAGAAUCUUAUUUCAUCAGAUGUGGAAUUACGAAAAAAAGGAUUUCUUUGCGAGACUUUUAUUCGGCCACCUAUAAGCUUAACAUUUAGUUUCCCAUUUGCGUUUGACAUUAAGUAUGUGGUAAUUGGCACUAGAGUAGGCGGUCAAAAGUCUUCAGGAUUUCAGAUAUGGGCAGGACGCAGUAACAAUAUGCAAAAGAUCUGUUCUGUGGUAACUAAUAAUGAAAUGAUAGUAUUUCAUGACAAUAGUACGGAUUUAUCUACCUUUGGGAACAAUUAUGAAAAAUGCUGUUUUAAUAUAUCGGCUAGUAGAAAUAUCAGAUCGGCUGAAAAGUUAUCCGUGGGUAUUUUCAAAACAGCAAAUUCUAUACCUGCAAUAGGUAAGUUGGAAAUUUGGGGAAAAGUUUCAUGUAGUGUACCGAAAGAAAUUCGUCAAUCAAUAACUCGUAAUUGGGAAGAGAGUAAAAUACCAAAACAAAUACAAAAACAAAUUAACACACAACUGAUAACAGAAAAAAAUACUGAUCCUUUCAUUAUGUGUGAUGACUUUUUAGAUUCAAUUACUUAUGAAGUAAUGACAUGUCCUAUGGUUCUACCUAGUGGAAAAUAUGUUGACAGAUCAACAAUAGAAAAAUGCAUUGAACAUGAUACCGUAUAUGGACGUACACCUUGUGACCCUUUCACCGGAAUACCAUUUACAGAUAAACUAAGACCAAUACCUCUACCUGAAUUGAAAGGACGAAUUGAUUCAUUUUUAAUAAAACAUGCAGAUGAUGAUAAUAUAAAAUGUAUACCACGUGCAGUUGGUAAACAUAGUUUUAGUUUUUACACAGAACGACAGACUAAAAAAGCCAAAGUACAAUGUAGUACAUGUAACAGCAACUGCAAUUUGUAUUAUUUACCUUGUAAACAUCUGCAAUGUAGAAGUUGCUUAAAGACUGAGAAAAUUAAAUGCAAUGUUUGUCAUAGUGACUUUAAUCGGAAUCAAAUUGAAAAAUAUCAUGAAAACCAUUAGUAUAAACAAGAUUUUGUUAUCAGAACGAUUACAAUUAUGUAUUUCUGUUCAUUCCUUCAAAGAUAAUUACUACUCCAUAAUAUUAAUCACUCAUAACAAUAAGAUUAAUGAUUAAAAUUACCAUAAGUAAAAAUCAACAACUAUAAAUUCAUUAGUCAAAGUUUUCUAUUUCUUUAAAGCACAUUGUACAUUAUGUUUUAAU